UUUAACCCGGAUAAAGGAGAAAAAAAAAUGCAGAAUCGCUUUCAAAACUAUUGUACUGGACGGCGUACAUCUCUACUCCGAGCUCAAAGGAACGUAGCUCCAAACUCUCUGGAAUGAAUCGGCGCCUUUACAUGGUUUGAGUUUUGCGUCACUUUAAUGAUCACCUUGAAAAGAACUGUGAAUUUCUACCUAUUUUUAGAUUAAAAAACUCCCGCAAUAUAAACUUCAUUAGAUGUGCAGCGUGUUUCUUAAUUGAACACGUUGAAGCUCUAUACUUUUCGCAUAACAAACAAUGAUCUCUGAGUAAAACCACCGAUAAAUAAAAAACAAAACCAAAUACGAGAGGGUUAAGAAAACCUACAAUUGUCUUCAUUUCCUUCAUAGAAAACUUUCAAAAUUUGCUGUUCUAUUGUCAAAAAUUACGAUUGUUUUCGUACGAAGAAAGUCGCAUUUAUAUCAUAAAUCCCUUGAUCAUUCUUAAAGAAAUUACAGAUUUAAUGCAUUUAUGGAAAGCUAUUGUGAUGAAGCGACUGUAAUUUCAAAUUUGUGGAAGAGGAAAUGCUUUUUUUGAGGAGAAUACUGUCAGCUACGGCAGGGUUCAAGCGGGAAGCUAAUUAAUUAGUUCUUUGCUUUUGUUGUUGGAAGAAUAAAUACUUUUUUGUUGGAGGCAGGGUGUCGGUUGUAUUUUCCCGAAUUUGAAAAUUAAAGGCAAUUUCGGCAAGUCAAUUUGAAUGCUAGGUUCUUAAGCUUCUUAUAGUUAAAGUAAUUUUUAUACGAGGAACGAGUUCAGCUAUAUCCCUUGGAUUCUGGUUUUGUAUACAAAUGUAAAUCUGAUUUUGUAGAAUUGUGCUUGAAGAUUACGGAUAUACCUUGCUCUUUUGAAAAGCUAGGUCAUGAGGAUUACGGCCAUAUGCCUCUGGAGGUAUGCGGAAAACAGUGGGCGCCAUUGUAAAGCAAUAGAGACGAAGUGCAUACCAGUCAAUCAUGAAUCUAAUGGAAGGGGAGCAUUUGCACUUCCUUAUUUCCUGAAAGGUUUUUUAAACCAACAAAACUUCUCAACAAGUGUUCAUGGUGAUGAGCCAUCUGCUGAGUAUGCAAAGUCUAGAAGAGCAACACUGGAGAGUGAAUUUGGACAUGCACUAGGCAGUCAUGGCUCCAAAGCUUUUUCAGUCUAUCACCGUUUUGGUCCUUUCUUGGCAUUUUACAGAGCUACGAUAAUCUUGUCUAAAGUUGCUGUGCUGAGUUUCUGGCAUUUGUUUGUUAAAGAUAUCCACAAGCGGGCAGCUAAGCUUCGAAGGAUUCUUAUUCAACUAGGACCAUUCUAUAUUAAGCUUGGGCAGGCUCUUAGCACUCGGCCAGAUAUAUUGCCCAAUGCUUAUUGUCAGGAACUCGCAAAGUUGCAGGAUCAAAUACCACCAUUUUCUACUAGACUAGCAAUUCAAUCUAUCCAGACCCAGCUAGGGGCACCAAUAUCAAAGCUUUUUGCUGAUAUCAGUUCAGAGCCUGUUGCUGCUGCAUCAUUGGGACAGGUUUAUAAAGCUCAUCUGCAUACUGGAGAGCUUGUUGCUGUAAAAGUACAGAGACCUGGGAUGCCAUUGAUGUUGGCUCUUGAUGCACAUCUUAUACACAUGAUUGGGGGCCAACUGAAGCACUAUGCAAAGGCACGAGGAGACUUGUUAUCUGCAGUAAAUGAAAUGGUUAGGCACAUGUUUGAGGAGAUUGAUUAUAUCCAUGAAGCACAGAAUGCUGAACGUUUUGCUUCCCUCUAUGGCUUUGAUGCAGAUUACAAAAGCUCUCUAAAAUACCAGGGAGUUGGAGGAAGCAGUGAUAAAAGAAGUAAAGGUACCUCUAAUUAUGGUUCUCAGGGUAAAAGUAAAAGCUGGGUGAAGGUGCCAAAGAUUUACUGGGACUUUACUCGCAAAUCUGUCCUCACAAUGGAGUGGAUAGAUGGUAUUAAAUUGACAGACAAGGAAGGAAUCGAAGAAGCUCAUUUGAAUAUAAAACAACUUGUUGAUCAGGGUGUCUAUUGCUCAUUGAGACAACUACUUGAAGAGGGCUAUUUCCAUGCUGAUCCCCACCCUGGAAAUCUUGUGGCUAUCAGAAGUGGAUCACUUGCUUACCUUGACUUUGGUAUGAUGGGAAAUAUUCCACGGCAGUAUCGUGUAGGUCUCAUUCGAACGCUUGUACAUUUUGUCAAUCGUGACUCUAUGGGUUUGGCAAAUGACUUUUUCUCACUUGGAUUCCUUCCUGAGGGAACAGAUAUGCAAACUAUUUCUGAUGCUAUGCAAGCAUCAUUUGGUGAUGAAGCAACAAAGUCUCAGUUAGACUUCCAGGGUAUUAUGAACCAGUUAGCUGAUGUGAUGUAUGAGUACAACUUUUCUUUGCCUCCUGACUAUGCGUUGGUGAUAAGAGCAUUGGGAUCUUUAGAAGGGACAGCUAAGUCACUUGAUCCUGACUUCAAAGUUGUAGCAAGUGCAUAUCCUUAUAUUGUAGGAAGACUGCUUGCAGAUCCUGAUCCUGACAUGAGAAAAAUAUUGAGGGAGCUUCUUAUAAAGAACAAUGGAUCAAUUCGGUGGCAUCGCCUUGAACGCCUGGUAAUGGCAAUUGCUGAGCAAACUUCAGACACUGAAAAAGAUGUGGAAAGCAGUAAAGCACAAGAUGAUGUGGAAUCCUCUGAAGUUAGAGAAUAUGCUUUAUCCUUUGAUAUGCGGGCUGUUGCUGCAUCUACAGUAGAUUUAGUUGAUUUUAUUUUCUCAGGCAAAGGCGAAAGAGUCCGGGUAUUCCUAAUUCAAGAUAUUGUCAAUGCAGUGGAUACAUUUUUGCAGCAAGAAAUUUUAAGUUAUCUUUAUCUUGAGAGAAAUGAACCUGUUGGAGACAGCAAUGUCUCUUAUCAGAAACAUAGGUCAAACAGUGAAUAUAUCCUCCAAAAUGAUUCAGAUGACAGAAAGAAUGCAUUCCAGGAUCAUUCUGUCAAAUUUGAGGGUAACCCAAAAUCUAAAUUUGCAUCGAGGGGAGACAAUGGCCAGCAUUAUAGAGACAACCAUAAUAGGGGAAAUAAAAGCUCAGAAAGCUCUGAAAAAUCUUCUGCAACAAGAGAAGACACUGACACAGACGAUGAACAGAAGCGAUUUUUCCUCAUUAGGGUUAUUGCUGGUCUACGUGCUUUUGCCAAAGCUGUGAAUUCUGCACCUGAGGUAUGGAUACCUUUGCUAGUUAGUACUGCAAUUAAGCCUGAGGUAUGUAAAUUUUAUAUUAAUGUCCUCAAUGCCUUGGCUAAGAAGUCCUGUCAAAGAGUACCAGAGACUAUUUGGCUUCAAAUUUCAAGAGCUAUUCACAAGUUCUUUGAACGAAGUAGCUGAUAUAGCUGUGCAGAUAUAUUGGUUUGUAGAACUGUUUGAUCCAGUGUAGGGUCGUUUCAACGUUAUUUGAUAUGGACAGGCUGGCAUCGCCAAAAAUGUAUAUUGCCCGAGAAUUCAUUUCUAGACGUGGAUAAUAAAAAAUGCUGUCUUUCUUCAUUUGGAAUCUUUACAGAGUUUCGAUCAUUUGCCACCUGUUCAUAUUCUUUGUCCAGCUUAUUAGCAGGCUUCUUUCCAGUUAAGAGGGCUGGUCUAUUUCUAAAGUUUUGUAAGCCUUGCACAAGGUCCUAGCAAAGACUCGUGCAACUCUUUGAUAAAAAGAUGCUGUAAUUAUCGAUGUAUAGAAGAUUUCUUGCCAUCACUGGGCACACGAUUCAUGAUACAUCUUCAGGUGCAAGAGUAAAUGCAUGACAUUAGAAACAAUUCUUGGAGCCUUGUGGCAAAUGUAAAUAUUAAUUCCUUGAUAUACUAAUGCAAUCAGUUUAGCUAACUAGCAAUUAAUCCAUGUACUUUCGGACCAAUCCUGAGCUUGCUUCCUUUAAUGGGCGGUUGAUUUAAGCUCUUUGUAAUGGUCAACUUAUUCUUUAAAAAUAAAAGACCAUUCAUUUAUAUUUUGGGUGCAAAUGUCACACAAAAUAUACAUUCAUUGGAAUAAUAUCAAAUGAGUAUCUAUCAAUGUAAAUGUGUAUGUUUGAAUAAUAGUUCAGUCAUUUAAAUCA